AUGUCUGUCCAUGCCUGGCCACAAACAGGGAAAGCAGCAUCUCAGAGCAGAACAGAAGUAACCGUGGCCUCUCGUUUGCUGGGAUUUUUGGAGCAGGCAGCGAUAUCCAUACAGCAGGACGCAGAGCUGCGCAGGGUUACUUCAGCAGAUCUCCACAGUCAAAAACACUGCAAUGCCUGGUUCUUGCCCCUAAUCUUUGGCAGACUUAAUCCUGCACAUAGUGUAAUUCCUAACCCAUCUCACCAGAACUUAUCUGCAAAAGAGACCUGCCAAAAUCUGUGUCUGAAAGGCUGGAUUAGUUACAAAGGUCACUGUUUUAUUCAAAAGAGAAUGACAUAGACCCAAGCUGAGAAAACCUGCUGGACUGAAAGAGCAGGAGGUCAUCUAACUAGCAUCGCCAGUGCAGAUGAGAAUGAAGUCCUUUGUAAACUUGCUCAGCGACAGAAGGAAACCCAGUUCUGGACAGGGGGAACUUACCAAAAGGGAUCAUUUUUGCAAUGGAGUGAUGGAUCUCUGACAACCUUCAUCCAGAGGCCUCUGUUAUCCCUUUUCAGAGCUGUUGGAGAACUAGUUAACAGCCUAUUUAACACAAAAAUUUGCCUGACCCUGAAUAUUGGAGGCAGGGGUGAAUGGGACCGAUCUCCCUGCAGCAAGCGGCUACCAUUCAUCUGCGUUUACAAACCAAAACUGAUGCACCCUUGA